AUGGAAUCGCUAACCGAGUUCCCCGAAUACAGCAAGACUUUCCUGGCCCGCCUGUGCGAGCAGGCCGAGCGCUACGAUGAGAUGGUCACCUACAUGAAGGAGGUCGCCAAGCUCGGCGGCGAGCUCACCGUUGACGAGCGCAACCUCCUCAGCGUCGCCUACAAGAACGUUGUUGGCACCCGCCGUGCCUCGUGGCGCAUCAUCUCCUCCAUCGAGCAGAAGGAGGAGUCCAAGGGCUCCGAGAAGCACGUCUCCACCAUCAAGGAGUACCGCAACAAGAUCGAGGCCGAGCUCGAGCAGGUCUGCCAGGAUGUCCUCAACGUCCUCGACGAGAGCCUCAUCCCCAACGCCGCCACCGGCGAGUCCAAGGUCUUCUACCACAAGAUGAAGGGUGACUACCACCGCUACCUCGCCGAGUUCGCCUCUGGCGAGAAGCGCAAGGUCGCUGCCACUGCCGCCCACGAGGCCUACAAGAACGCGACCGACGUCGCCCAGACCGACCUGACUCCUACUCACCCCAUUCGUCUGGGCCUCGCUCUCAACUUCUCCGUCUUCUACUACGAGAUCCUCAACUCCCCCGACCGUGCUUGCCACCUGGCCAAGCAGGCCUUCGACGAUGCCAUCGCCGAGCUUGACUCCCUCUCUGAGGAGUCUUACCGCGACAGCACUCUUAUCAUGCAGCUGCUGCGCGACAACCUGACCCUCUGGACCUCGUCCGACAGCGCCGAGGCCGAGGGCGCCGCCGACGCUCCCAAGAAGGAGGAGGGCGAGGCCCCCAAGCCCGCCGAGGAGGAGGCCAAGGCCGAGGAGCCCGCCCCCGCGGCCGCCUCUUAA